AGGAGGAGGGGCCAUGAAUUCAACAACUGUUGCCCGAUCCGAGCUCUCGCUGUGUGAAUGCGAGUCAGCCGGCGAACAAGUGAGCGAGAGAAAGUGUGUGAGGUGCAGAGAGAGAGAGAGAGAGUGUGUGUGUGUGUGUGUGUGUUUGCGCGUGCACGCGUCAAAAGAGAGAGUCUGCGCUGGUGCGGGAAAAGCCAGUGCAGUGUUUUUAAAGAGAAAGACACAGCCUGCCUCGCUCCUCUGCCUCUCCGUGGACUAUACCACUACCGGGGACUCACCCUUUGGACUAUUCCGUCGUUUCCGCCUCCCCCCCUCCUGCCCUCACACUUGCCUUUGAAGGGAACACCUGUGCGCGUGAAAGCCAAGACAACGGACUUAGCCCUGGUAAACAGGGCGAGUGGAUGACUUCAGUGGAACACGGUUUGGCUGGUGGAAAGAGGGAGACUGCCGAUCAUGGACUCCCCGCACUAGUUAACGGGGGUGCUGAGGAGGAUCAGGUUUGUCCGGUCAUCAUGUGCACGCGGGCCUAUCCUGACCCCGUCCGUGAGUGCCAGCUGUUCCCAGAAGAGGUGGAGGAGCCUGAGGAGGAGGUGGUAGACGAAGGCAAGGAGAGGGAAUCGGACAGAGACAGCGCUGUGGAAAGCACUCAGGGUUCGGAAACCUCAGACGGGCUCACCAGACUGGGAGACAAGGAAGACACGCUAGGGGAUCUCUUUUUUCCCGGGGAGAAGUGCGGUCAGACCAGUAUCUCUGUGACCUCUGACCUGUCAACACGUUCGUCGGCUUCUCUGUACGAGGAGCAGUUUGAAGACUACGGCGAAGGGGAGGAGCCGGACUACACUCCCAGCAGCCCUUGUCUGGACGACGAGGCUCGUACCAACGGUUAUUCUGACCUUGGCUCAUCUGUGCCCUCGAGUGCGGGUCAGACUCCUCGUAAGGUGCGUCACCAUUACACCGGAGAAAUGACGGAUGUCUACUGUUCUCAGUGCAGUAAAAAGGUCAACCUGCUAAAUGACCUGGAUGCUCGCCUCAAAAACCUGAAAGCAAACAGCCCCAACAGGAAAAUCUCCAGCACUGCUUUUGGAAGGCAGCUGCUCCACAACAGCAACUUGAGCAGCAGUAACGGCAGCACAGAGGACCUUUUCCGAGACAGCAUCGACUCCUGCGACACCGACAUCAAUGAGAAGGUCACUUCUCUUGAGAAGAAGGUGGCAGAACUGGAGAAUGAGAUCCUGCUGAACAGUGACCUCAAGUCCAAACUGAAGCAGGAGAACACUCAGCUAGUGCACAGGGUUCAUGAGCUGGAGGAGCAGCUGAAAGACCAAGAGACCCGGGCAGAGCAAAGUGUGCAGGAGGGCCUGAGACGCCACAGAGAGGCUUACAGCAAGCUGGAGAGAGACAAGAACACACAGAUAGAGCUGCUGACCAACCGAGUUAAGCAGCUGGAGGAGGAGAAUAGUGAGAUGUCCCUUAACAUGAACCGACUCAAGUCGCAGACAGAGAAGCUGGAUGAGGAGAAGCAAAGGAUGACAGAUAAGCUGGAGGAUACCAGCCUGCGCCUGAAGGAUGAGAUGGAUCUUUACAAGAAAAUGAUGGACAAACUGAAACAAAAUAGACAUCAGUUCCAGAAAGAAAAGGAUGCCAUGCAGGAGCUGAUAGAGGACCUGCGUCGAGAGCUGGAACACUUGCAGGUCUUCAAGCUGGAUGCAGAGAGGUCAGGCCGGAGGCCGAGCUCCUCCACGGGGCUCUCAGACUUCAACAACAGGAGCAGGGAGGUGGAGCUGGAGCAUGAAGUCAAGAGGCUCAAACAGCGAUUUGUGUCCCAGGACUUUCUUCCCCCUGAAUACCAGCACCUGGUGUUGACUGGGGCUCGGCUCCGUCCCGGGCUGAUGGAGAACCAGAAGCUUAGAGAGCAGAACGAGGACCUGAACGGUCAGAUCAUCAGCCUCAGCCUGCAUGAAGCCAAGAAUCUGUUUGCCACACAGACCAAGGCUCAGUCUCUAGCUGCUGAGAUCGAUAAUGCCUCCAGAGACCAGUUAAUGGAAGCCCUGAAGGAGCAAGAGGAGAUCAAUUUACGUCUGCGACAGUACAUGGACAAAAUCAUCCUGAACAUCCUGGACCACAACCCCUCCAUUCUAGAGAUAAAGAACUAGCAGCAACUCAACUGGAAUGAGCAGCGUUCCUGAUCUUGGGAGAGUGAGGAUCAUUCCAGUUGUCUGAUCAGAGCAGGGUGACCUGAAUCGGGGGGAAAGUGUACAGAAAAACAGAGCCAGUCUUACGUAAACAGACAUGCAUCGCCCCCUGCUGUUUGUGCCAAGAAGAGCGUCUCUUCCGGAUGGUAGAAGGGGAUUCUGUGUUGAACAAAAGGGAGUUUUCUCAGCCAGUGAUUGUUCACUGACUGGUUAUGCUACUGUGACUGUUCUACUCAUUUGAUCACAUUUUUAUUCUGUCUAUGCUGUGAGCUGGAGUUAAAGUCACAAGAUUGAUCUCUUGUGAAAACUCCAGGAAUAUUCAAUGUCCAACGUGCUUUGAAGAUUCACUUGAUUUAGUACACUGGACAUGAAAACUGAAGAAAAAAAAAAA